CCACUCGCCACCCACCUCACAUAAAAAGCGCCCCAUUGUCUCCAGCGGCCACUGUUUGACUCUCGACACCCCUGCAGACACACAUUCAACAGUUGAAGUGAGGAGCUCCACAUACCCAGAACCAUGAAUCCCAAAGGGGAUAAGCCGAAGUCGAAGAUUUCGGCUUCUCGCAAGCUCUCCCUCAAAAUGCUCCUCCUCACGAGAGCCUGUGAGGAUCUGGAGAAGGAGAGGCAGGACAGGGAAGAGGAGAAAGUGCGAUAUCUGGGAGAGAAGCUGCCUCCACUGCAGCUGUCUGGAAUGUCACUGGCAGACCUACAAACUUUGUGCAAGGAGCUUCACGGAAAAAUUGACAUUGUGGACGAGGAGAGAUACGACUGUGAGAGCAAAGUGGGCAAACACAACAAAGACAUCCAUGAGCUGAAACUUAAGGUACAGGAUCUCGGGGGCAAGUUCAAAAAGCCUGCCCUGAGGAAGGUGAGAGUGUCAGCAGACGAGAUGAUGAGAGCUCUGCUGGGCUCCAAACACAAGGGCUCCAUGGACCUGAGGGCCAACCUCAAGUCUGUGAAGAAGGAGGACGUCAAACAGGACAAGGUGCUCACCUCUGAAGUGGGCGACUGGCGUAAGAACGUGGAGGCCAUGUCCGGCAUGGAGGGCCGCAAGAAGAUGUUCGACACAGGCGGCGGAGCUCAGUGAGACGCUGCAACCAGUGUGUUGUCUAAAAAGAAAAAUGGAAUCUGAAGGCUAAUUGACUUGAAAACGGUUAGAAUUUUGGCAAGAGGCAAAAGCACGUAUAAACCCCCCCCCUCCGUCAGCUGUACUGCCAUUUGCUUGAUAGCCAUUUUCAGUGGAAUGACUCAGAGCACUUAAAGUGAAGGAUGAGUAGAUACCUAUUGUGUUUUUUUUUUUUUUUGUAUUGCCAUGGAAUAUUUUGUUUUGUUAUGACACCUUAUGACAAUUAAAGUGGAUAUGAAUAAA